GAAUGUAUUCUUAUAAUAGCGUGUAUUGAUCUGGGUUAUUUGUCAUUCUAUCAUGACAUUUGUCACUCCAACGGCUGCUUUUCAAACUCGUUCGGGCCCCGUUGUGUCAAACUAUCUGAAAUUCGACACGCCAUCUCGCUCAAUUCAUCAUCCCAUCUGAACACUCCACCGCAAGCUGCAUCCAUAGCACCUAUCUCCGGAUCAGCUAAUGCAUUACGGUGUGGUGUUCCGGUGCUCCCACGAACCACCGGUACAGGCAGCAAAUCCCGCUCCGAACCGCCCCAAUUCCACUCUGCCGACUCCACACCCACGCGUUGUGUACGUAAUGAUGAUUUAGCUUUAUCCCCACCUCCUCCACCUCCAGCGCCACACACACGCUUGCUUACGGGGGGUUCGAUUCGAUCUGUGAACUCUUCCGGUCCGUACACGAACGGUGCAAUGUCCCUCAGUUCAGGUUCAGGUUCCCUGGUGCAUAAUCCUCAAUCACGCCGUGUGCUCCGCGUGCCGAAUGUGGGAAAGCCGAAACUGUUCGGUGGCACCAUAGACGAAUAUGUGGAAGCGACCAAACAAGAAAUCCCCUGCAUUCUCCUCUCCUGCACCCGACAAGGCAUUUUCCGUGUCUCAGGUAGUCAAACCGAGAUCAUUGAGUUCAAAGCCGCGUUUGAGCGCGGUGAAGAUCCCCUAGUCGAUGUACACGAGGCGCGAGAUAUCAAUUCGACUGCCGGCUUGUUCAAAUUAUACUUCCGAGAACUGGGUGAACCACCAUUCCCGAACACUCUGUUCCUCAGCCUGAUUGAGUGUGCUCGCGAUAGUAAGUCUGUUUGCAACUUAUUCAGUAUUUAUUUUUGA